AUGCAGUCGGACGGAAAGGACAAGAGCGCGAACCCCAUGCGCGAGCUGCGCAUCCAGAAGCUCGUGCUGAACAUCAGUGUCGGCGAGUCUGGUGACAGACUUACCCGUGCUGCUAAGGUGCUCGAGCAGCUGAGCGGUCAGACUCCUGUCUACAGCAAGGCCCGCUACACUGUCCGUACCUUCGGUAUCCGUCGUAACGAAAAGAUUGCCGUCCACGUUACCGUCCGUGGCCCCAAGGCUGAGGAGAUCCUCGAGCGUGGUCUCAAGGUCAAGGAGUACGAGCUCAGAAAGAAGAACUUCUCCGAGACCGGCAACUUCGGCUUCGGUAUCAGCGAGCACAUCGAUCUCGGCAUCAAGUACGACCCUGGUAUCGGUAUCUACGGUAUGGACUUCUACUGCUGCAUGACCCGCCCUGGUGAGCGUGUUGCCAAGCGCCGCCGCUGCAAGUCUCGUGUCGGUACCAACCACCAGAUCAACCAGACCGAGACCAUCAAGUGGUUCAAGAACCGCUUCGACGGCAUUGUCCGGUAA